UAAUUUGGGAGAGUGAAUCUUGUUUCGAUCUACAAUUGUUUACAAGUUUAGCACAGGAAGUGUAACGUUAGGAAGAAAAAACCGUCAGAAUGGGUGUCUGGUUGAUGGAUCACAUUCGCCUCCUGCGAAAGGAAGGACUCUUUGGAAAUUUGUCUAUUUUGGCAAACCUAGUGAAAACUGCUAGUGAACAGAAUACUGAAUUGUUGACUGCGGCAGAGAGAUAUCAACUAUUGGUCUAUUAUGCAGAUGCACUGUAUGAAGAACAGGAGUACAAGAGGGCUGAGGGAAUGUACCGGAAAGCCUUGCAACUAAAAAAGAUGAUCAACAAGUCCAAGGUCAAAGGUCAAACUCAAAGCAGUCAACAAUCAGAUGAUAACCUACCUUCAGAGCUAGAUGUCAGGUUUCGUAUCUACCAGUGUCACAACAGUCUUAAAAACCAUCGAGAGGCCCUCGCUGUGCUUGAGAGUAUCCCUGCUAAGAUGCGAGAACCCAAAGUGAACAUGGCCCUGGCUAAGCUCUAUCAGAAGAUUGGAAUGGAGCGAUCUGCUAUCUAUGGUUACAAAGAAGUACUGAGGCAAUGUCCUCUGGCUCUACAAGCUGUUCUUGGUGUCCUGUCUCUUGGGGUCAGAGGAACAGAGAUAGCUGCCUUCACAGUCCAUAGCAUGCCCAGCGGUGCAAACAUGGAAUGGUUAUCCUUUUGGUUGAAAGGCCAUGCCUACAGCGCUGGUAAGGAGUACAGCAAGGCAAUCAGUACAUUCAAAGCUCUUGAGAGUGGGAGUGUGUUGAGAGAAAACACAGAUGUCCUGUGUUGUUUGGCAGAGAAUUAUUUCAUGUCAGGUGAUAUGGCUACAGCAUCUACCAUCUACCAAAGGGUUCACUCCCUGGACCCGCACCAUUUGAGAGGAAUGGAAAUCUACUCCUACAUUCUUUACAAAGAAAAGAAAGUAAAGCAACUCCAGAGCCUAUCCUCAGAGCUUAUGGAAGUCACAGAUAAGAGAGGUGAACCCUGGGUUGCCAUGGGUUACUACUGUCUUUACCCGACAGCAAGAUAUGCAAGAUCUGUAUACUUUGCAGAAAAGGCCUAUCCACUGAAAGGGGGCAAGGUACAAGCCCUGUUGCUCAAGGGUAAAGGCUUAUUAGAGAUGACCAAGGUUCCUGAAGCUACUCUUCACUUCAGAGAGGCUGUCAGGUGUGCUCCUAGUAGAUUUGAGGCUCAUGAAGGUUUGGUUGAGUGCUAUGUGAAGGCCAACAGGAUACGAGAUGCCAUCACAACAUUUACCAACUCAGUCAAGGUGUUAGGCAACAACCCUCGUACAAUCACCUUCCUAGCUUCUCUACUUGCCAGAGAUAGACCAUCAAUGGACAAGGCUAAAUCUCUUCUUGAUAAGACGUUAUUCCAGGAUCCUAACUACCUCCCAGCAAUCUAUCUCAUGGUGGAUAUACUCAAUCAAGAACAAAAAUAUGCAGAUGCCAUCAGUCUAAUUCGCAAGCAGCUUGAGCAGCAGAGUACAAGUCAGCUUCAUCAGAUGUUAGGCGAUUGUCUAGCACUCAAUAGUGAACCACAGGAAGCACUUGAUCAGUAUAGUAUAGCACUCAGUAUGGAUCCCAGCAAUGACAAAGCGAUGCAAGGGAUGCACAAGGUUGAGAAGUCAAGCGAUAGUCUAGAAGCAACAGCUGAAGAUGAUAUGGAUGCUAUAGAGGAGAGUGGGGAGGAUGUAGGGGAGUAUGAAAACAGUGACCCUGAAGGAUCAUGGGUAGACAAUGAGUGGUUAAGCUGAUGUGAGUCAUGCUGCUGUAAUCAGAGAGGGAGCUGUAGUGGAAGCCAUCUUUUCUACCGAAGUUCAAACAUCAGACAUUAAUGGUCAAGGAUGCUGGUAGUGUUUAUAUUUCAGUGAAAAGACAUGGACCAAGUGAUUAAAGUACUUUGAGGGACUUUUCUUCAAGUUACAUGUUCACCAUUGAACUGCUACGUAAAUACACCAUAGUGGUCUGCUUUGUGAUCGAUGCAGACAAGAGUCAUUGGAGAGAAGCAAUGCAAUACAUUGAGCAUGCCCAGACUUGACUGAUUGACAUUGCCUGAUAUAUCACCUGCUCAUGAUGACACGGCUUUCCCCAAUCCUUCGCUAGACAAAAUAAUGGACAGGCAGCAAGUACUUGCGCAUAUGGUGUAUCAUGUUGCUAACAAUUUUCUAUACCGUGGAGACAAAAAGGAAGCUAUUCUGAGUGACGUUCAGGUACUUGGCUAUCAGUCCCCUAGUCAAUGUUAAAAUCGAAAAGUCCCCCUACUGGUGUUAUUGAACCUGAGAAUGAAUUCCCAUUGGGUGAUUUCAAGUUCGGUGUUGACCUUGGUGUUGGUGUUAGUGUUGAAAUUUCGAUUGCUUCCCCU